GAUUUAUACCUCCGGCAAUAUGUUGUCCAUACCAAGCUCGGAUUCGUUCAACAAAGCCCACGAUGGCCGUCAAUUGCGAUCCACUGUUUCUGAACAAUCAAUUGAGCUCUCAAUAUGGAACGAAGAUGACAAAAAAGCCUUGGUCUCCCCAAAAUCAAACAAGUCCUGGAAGCCUUUGACUCAGAAGGCAUUUUUUCUGGUCCCUACGAUUCUGGCUUCUGGAGCAUUGAUCGCUGUCCUACAAGUAUAUCUGAUACGAAGCGAACAGGAUGCCGGCAUCCUGUUCGCCUCAAAAAUCAGUGCCCUACCUCUGAAUCAGACUUUCUCAUACCUCUAUUUGCCAACCAUCAUAUCUUUGGUCCUCAGUUUCGUCUGGACCUGGAUCGAUCUCGACAUCAAAAGGCUUCAACCAUACGUCCAACUGUCGAGAGAUGGUGGUGCACUUGGAAAUGACUCGAUACUGAUGCAUUAUCCUUUCGACUUUGUGGCAUCCGUGCCCUUCACAGCUGUUAGAAGACGGCAUUGGCCUGUAUUCUCAGCUUCUCUGGCUGUGGUCAUCAUUUUUUGGGGGCUCACACCGCUGCAGUCUAGUAUUUUUGCAACAAAGAUGAUCGAGAAGACUCUGCAAGUUACUACUGUCACGUCGUCGUCGUAUCUAUCCUUACGAGACCAAAAGACCACCCUUACGGGUUCCUAUGCCCAAUCAGUCUACAACAUUGCUUGGUUGAACGAAAGCCUGCCACCUUUCAUGAGCAGACAAGGCAUAAUUGCUCCUUUCUCCCUAUUAGACGACAACACCAGGACGGAAACCUCUGAAACUUGGACUGCACGCACACACUUUUAUUCAGUUGAUAUAAACUGCGAAAGUCCGACCUAUGACGAGUAUGACAUUAUCAGCACGUCUGGGUGCAGAUACUACAUUGCCAACACGAAUCUGCCGUCGAAGACUAAAGACGACCAAUACAACAGUCUUUACGUGGGCUAUUGGUACGAAGAGAGUAUGGACUCUUACCUUCGAGGCAGUUGUCCGGAUCAAGCAAAUCAAACUUUCUUGUUACGAUGGUCACGCGGCCGUAAGAAUCUCACAGAUUCGACAAAUUCGCCAUACCCUCUCGAAGGUACCACGCUCUGGUGCAAACCCACUUACUACCAGCAAGAGGUGAAUGCUACUAUCGCGCCUCCGAGCAUGAGCGUACUAAACAUCGCAGCGAUUGGUCCUAAAGAGCCUCUACCUGCCGAUCUAGUCAACAUUACUGACUUUGAGUGGAGCUUGAGCCAAGGCUACGAAGUGAACAACAAUCGGGGGCACUAUCCGACAUCAACAUGGCCCACUCCUUACGAUCAACUUCAUUCUCACUUUCCGGAACUAUAUUGGGACAUCUAUUUGCCGACUUUAGCUAGUUUUGCACUUGGCGCAUAUCAGCGGCCCGUCGCGGACUAUCUCGAUCCGGAGGUUCUCAAAGAUUCAUACCAGGCUGCGUACCGUCUGCUACUGGCAAGGAAGCUGGCUGAUAUUCUACUGUCGGAUUUUGAAGAUGGGAAACAAUCGCCUGGAACACGGCAUUACAGUACCCAAGCCCUCAUCAUGGUACCCACCUUCGUCUAUGUGGUUGAAGGCUUACUAGCAAUGACCAUCGUUGCUGCUCUCACAGUCAUCUCCAUACCUUCGUGGAGAAAAACUAACCUGGUCUCCGAACCUGCAAGUUUAGCAGCUAUGAUGGCGCUAUCAGGCAAUGAUUCCCGCCUAGUUCAGACUAUGAGCGGUAAAGAUUGUGCGACAUCAACAGAGUUAGAAAAUUCUUAUCGACACACCACCUUUGCCUUGAGAAACUGUCACCAAGGGCCGACACUUUGCUGUAUCGACCCGGAUCUCAAAACUACCAGCGUAGUACGUGCGAAGUCUGCUAGACCUAUCUUGCCAGUGGAGCUAUCGUGGUAUUUCGGAUCUGGCUUCCUCGGCCUGCAGUUGUUGGUCAUAGUCGCGCUUGUGUUUACGUAUAUCCGCACGCAUCGAGACAAUGGCUUACCACUUCCAUCCACCUCAAUCUUCAUUAACCAAAUCCUGGUAAAAUAUCUACCAAUGGUUGUCGGUGCCUUCUUUGAGCCAAUCUUCACAUGGCUUACGAGAACGCUAUGCAUGCUCCAGCCCUACGAGAAACUUCGCAAGGGUAACACACCGCCCUCCCGAGCACUCACCGUGGACUAUGAUUCACUGCCGCCUCAGGCUAUAUUGUUUAGGGCGUUGAAGGCUGGGAGCAUUUCUCUUGCUUCAGUCUGCUGCAUCAUGACUUUGUUGGCAAAUGUACUAUCGGUGGCCUUCAGUAACGUCCUACACGAACGUCAGACUACGAUUUUGACACCCCAGAAUUUUACAGCCGAUCAUCGUCUUCCUCUCAGCGGCUCCAACAUCCCCAACUCGACGUAUGACCAUUACUACAUUGCAAUGUCCAAUCUCACAGCUGGAACACCGUUGCCCGCGUGGACGGACGAGAAAUUCUUCUAUGUACCGUUCGGGGGAUUAGAGUCACGCAAUACAUCCACGGCAUUGUACCAAGCGCGGACGCCCGCUGUGAGUGCUUCAUUACAAUGUUAUUCUUUACGCCAGACGAGACAUGGUGAGAGGUUGACCUGGGACAUUCCGGCCGAUAGUCCUACGUGCAACUCUAGCUCGUUAUUCACUCAUGGUAGCUUCCAAUCACGGGUGCCAGAAGCCCUGGAGUACACGAGUCUUUGGCCAUCGCGGUUUGGCGCCGAUAUCUCGGACUGCGAAUUGACAGUCCAAGCUGGAUGGGGAAGGUCGUCGCUCGUAUCUACAGCAGAUCCCGUGAACGCAUCUUGGCUUGGGUGCAAACCCGAGUUACGCAUCGAGCUACGUGAAGUUACCGUUGACAGCCGAGGGCUGGUACAAUACUCCGAACCAACAGACGAUAUACUGGAUAGUCGAGAGCAGCUCUUCGAGCCUAACGCCAAGAGCAUUAUUGAUGCAUUCCAUAUACUACUUGGAAGUUCGAACACUCCCGAGUAUCCGUUUCACUCCGCUGCUGGCGGUGCCCACAAUGAUUCAUACCCGAGCGACUUCCUCAACUAUCUCAUGGCUCAAGCAUUGAACAGCUCGGCGAUAUUGGAUCCACACUUGCCACCGCCGACCUUCGAUACGACUGCACCUGUUCUGGAAGCUUUGUAUACUCGCUUGUUCGCUAUCGUACUUGGAACGCACGUCUCAGCCGUUCUCGAAAAGAAUAACGAGACUGCUCUGGUCACUGGUUUUGUUGUGGCCCCGGAAACGCGAGUCUUCGUGUCGGAACCCAUGUUCCUCGUGUCUGUGGCGAUACUAGGAAUAUACAUAUUGUUCACUAUCGUGCUGUACGUCUGUCGACCUUGGAAGAUGCUGCCUCGCAUGCCCACGACAAUCGCCAGUCAAAUCGCUUUCUUUGCUGCCAGCCAUGCUAUGCACGAUCUUGCAGACACGUCGAGCAUGUCAGAGAAGGAGCGCAACUCGCAAAUGAUUGGACCAAGACAAAGAUAUGGAUAUGGACGAUUUGUGGGCACAGAUGGAAAGGUACACAUCGGCAUUGAAAGAGAGCCUCUCGUGCAGGCUCUCAACAAGCAAGACUUGCGGACCAUGCAAAAAGAUGUCAUAUCAGACUGAGGUCGAGUCUUUUCGAGAGCCUCAUCGAAGCGCCCUAUCAUACGAGCCUUGCACUAGAAAAACGUAUACAAUCACAUGAGGUGACCACAAGAACAUGUCUGCUAUUGACAGCGGCAAUGCCCUCGCGAGACGGGCGUCUCCAGAGACAAUAGCACAACACAUGCUUCCAAUAAAAGCUCGUAUAACCACUUUGCAAGGCAUGCAGGC